GAGAAGAAGAAGAGAGGAGAGGGUGGUGGACUAGACUUGGUGGAAACCACACCAUAGAGAGAGUGCAGAACACAACACACGAUUACGAUUACGAAGCAAAAGAGUGACUCAGCUGACAUCAUCAUUCAGUUAUGGCGAUGCGCGACCUUAUCACCGGCGCCACCUCCUGUCCUGACCCCGCCGCCUCCUCUUCCUCCUCCGCCAACCCUCUCGGCGCUCUCGCCAACGCUCUCAUCGGCUCAUCCUCCAAGACCAAUGAGAGGCUCAAGGAGAUUCCAACAUCCAUUCCCACUGACCCCUCCUCCCACCUCUACUCCCAACCUCCUCCUUCCCAGUUUCUUCCCGGCUCCGAAUUCGACAAGCCUUUCUUCGAUCCAAGUUCCCAGGGCUCCCAGUUCCUCAACGGCUUCCGCUCCGCAGCUGCUUCCGGCGGCGGGGCCCUGGAGGAAACUUGGGAUGAGAUACAGCGUGAUGGCAGAGCUGCUCCUCAAUUGGACGGUGGACUCUAUGAUAGGGCUGCACCUCCUCCUCACCUUCAUCAACCCACCUUGGAUGGGCCGCCUCAAAGAGUUCUGUCCAACUUUUUGCACUCAUUUCUCGACAGCAGCCGUGGAGGAGUCCCUUUCCAUCCAGCUCCUCUACCAAUGUUGGGUUUAUCUGAAGGUGAUAAACAAUGCAUACGUGACCGGUCCAGCAUAAUGGCCAGACAUCUUUUUGCAGACAAAAGUGAAGAAUUUAUUGAUGCCCAAGUAAAUGCCCUUCUAAGCUCUCUAGAUAUUGACAGUAAUGUCCGUGGUAAGGGACCUAUGCCUGAGAGAUUUCGGGAGCUUGAGGAUUACUGGAAUGAGUCUCAAGGCAACCUGAGACCUGGUCCUCACCCUGCAGAUGGAUGGAUUGCUGAAUAUAGUCAAAAUAGGGCAAAUCUGGAUAAUCCUGAUUCUUGGGCUAAUUCAUUUGAGCAACAACAUGGUGCAAACGGUUGGGUCUCUGAGUUUGAGAAUUCCCAGUUGUCAUCUAUGGACCAAAUGCAAGCUAUGAACAUGCCAAACUUAGCUGCAAUGGAGCAGACUCGUAUGCUUGCAAAUACAUUGGCCCAAAAUAAUGACCCUAAAUUUCAGAACUCAAAGUUUCUUCAGUUCGUAUCAAAGAUGAGCCGUGGUGAGUUGAUUAUUGAUGACAAUCAGGUUAAAGAGACUGCUCCUGGAGAUUGGGCCACAGAAUACCAGCAGCAAUAUAAUCCUGGUCAUUCAUGGGCGGGUGAAUUUUUAAAUGAUAAGGUUUCUCAUGGACCUGAUCAAUGGGUGAAUGAGUUUAACGAUCAGCAGCAUGGACCAAUUGAUGAUCAGUGGGUCAAUGAAUUUUCAAAGUUGCAUGUUGGUGACUGGGCAGAUGAAUUUGGUCAGCAGGUUGCUGAAGGAGCUUUUGGGGAGAGCUCUUCUGAUAACUGGGCACAUGCAUAUGAUGAGUACCUAAAUGAACAAGUAGCUGCCAAGCAGCAGUCAGAUUCUUCUAGGGGUGUGUAUGUCUUUUCAGAUUUAAAUCCAUAUGUUGGCCAUCCAAAUCCUUUAAAAGAAGGACAAGAUCUAUUCAGGAAAGGACUUCUAAGUGAAGCAGUUCUUGCCUUGGAAGCUGAAGUCUUGAAAAAUCCUGAAAACGCCGAAGGUUGGAGAUUACUUGGAAUAGCACAUGCAGAAAAUGAUGAUGAUCAACAGGCCAUUGCAGCUAUGAUGCGAGCACAGGAGGCUGAUCCAACGAACCUUGAAGUGCUUCUUGCUCUUGGUGUCAGUCAUACAAAUGAACUGGAGCAAACGGCUGCCCUGAAGUAUCUAUAUGGAUGGCUACGCAAUCACCCGAAGUAUGGAUCCCUUGCCCCACCGGAGUUGGCUGACUCUUUGUACUAUGCUGAUGUUGCUAGAUUAUUCAAUGAAGCUGCUGAAAUGUCACCCGAAGAUGCAGAUGUUCACAUAGUUCUUGGGGUCAUGUACAACUUAUCCAGAGAAUAUGACAAAGCCAUUGCAUCUUUCCAAAGAGCACUGAAACUUAAGCCACAGGAUUACUCUCUCUGGAAUAAACUCGGUGCGACACAAGCAAACAGUGUGCAAAGUGCGGAUGCAAUAAUGGCUUAUCAACAGGCACUUGAUUUGAAGCCAAAUUACGUUCGUGCUUGGGCAAAUAUGGGCAUCAGUUAUGCAAACCAGGGCAUGUACGAUGAGUCCAUUCGAUAUUAUGUUCGAGCACUUGCCAUGAAUCCAAAGGCAGAUAAUGCAUGGCAGUAUUUGAGAAUCUCAUUAAGUUGUGCUUCGAGGAAUGACAUGUUGGAGGCUUGUGAUAGUCGUAAUCUGGACCUUCUUCAGAAGGAGUUUCCACUACAAUAAGUGGAUGAAGUUCAAUAGGAAUCUUAUUUUGGCUGAAGUAAUGGAGAAAUGUUAUAUAUUGAAUCUAUGCCUUCUUAGAAAUUAAAGGAGAUAUAAGAAAUUGGUCCAGUGCCUGCAUUUGUAUACGAGGCAUACUUCAAAACACAGUAUAACAUCGUAGUGGGGAAAUAAUCAAAAUAUAUCAUCUUACACUUCAUUUGGGCGGCAAAGUUACAGACCCGUUUCCGAACGUGAGAAAAACUGUAUAUUAUAGAAUCCUUUGUAUUCUCAAGUUUCCACUACAGCAUGAAGGUAUAUAUAAUCAAGCACGAUUUGUGGCGCA